CCUACCUGAGCUCCCUGGCACGCACACAUGCACAUUCACUCCAUUUUUUUUUUUUCUUUUACCUACUUUCUGCCAGUUUUUCAAUUUCUCCAGCAAAGCUCCGUGCCACCCUCUGCAAACAGGGUGACAGCAGCCUUUGCUCCCCAUUGACUUUCUCAGCUAAACCAGAAGCAUGCUUUUCUAAAACUUUUUUUUUUCUUCUUUUUAUUUCUGGUUGGGGGGGGGGGAGUGGAUAAGGAGGCCUUUAUUUUCGGAGCGUUUCUUUCUCAAAGAGGGCAGCGGCUGUGCCGUGGCAGGGACUUUUAGAGGUGACUGCAGACAGCGAGAGAGGAGGGGUGCGCGGGGCAGGCAGCUCGGAUCCGUGGCUUCUCUCAAAGUUCAACUUCACAUGUGCUUGCAUCUGAAUAUCUAUAUGUAUGUGAUAUACAUGUAUCCCCACGGAUGUGAGUGGGGAUGCGAUGUAGAUAUAUUUUAAGCCUUUGCUUCGAGAGCAGUGAGCGGUGGCCGAGGGAUGGGGUGUCCCCGCGGAGGCACUUUCCGCUGCCUGCUGGUGCCUUGUGUCUCUGGAGGUGGCCAGGAGAUGUGAGACCCUUUGGUUUAUCAACAUGGUGCUGGUGCCCCCCUCUUCCUAGGCACUGUGCUGGUGUUAUAAGGCACAUCAUCAAAAGAAAAGGGCACCUCCUGACACAAGUUUUGUGGCCGUUCCCCCAGUCCUGCUCGCUGUGGAGAGCUGUGGCUGGGCAGGAGGCUCCGUGCAUCCCUCCUCUGGGGUCUCCAGACCCCCUUGUUCCACUGGUUCUUGGCACAGCUGGGCAGCUGCUGUAGGCCCCUCUGCAGACACCGGCUUGGGACGAUUGCAAAGAUAGGAGCUCUCAAUUAAUUGGGGCCCCAGCCCAUCCCCACCCCCCUCGAUCACGGGUUUUGUGGUGUGCAUGGCAAUUGCUUUGCUUGUGCUUUUAUCAAGCAGCCCCUGUCUCGUGGUCAGCUCUUCGGAGAGCGCAGAGUCCCUGUUGGAUUUGGUGGUCGCUUUUCCUUUUCUCUCUUUCCCCUUGUUUUUUUUUUUUUUUUCCUUUCUUUCCUUUGUUUUUGUCUUCCUCCCUCCCCUCCCCAGUGAGAAGAAGGACACCGAGAAGGAAGAGACCAUGGCCGACGACCAAGACCUUUCAGAGGUGGAGAUGAGCCCGGUGGGCUCCGAAGACCACCACUGCCUCUCGCCGGGACCCUCCAUGGCAUCGGACAACUCUCCUCACCUUGCCGGCUCCGGGAACGGAGAGAUGGGCAAGGUCAAGAAGGAACAGCAAGACUCGGAGGCGGACGACGACAAGUUCCCCGUGUGCAUCCGCGAGGCGGUCAGCCAGGUGCUGAGCGGCUAUGACUGGACCCUGGUACCCAUGCCCGUUCGGGUCAAUGGAAGUAACAAGAGCAAACCCCACGUCAAGCGGCCCAUGAACGCCUUCAUGGUAUGGGCACAGGCUGCCCGGAGGAAAUUGGCUGACCAGUACCCGCACCUCCACAACGCCGAGCUCAGUAAGACCUUGGGGAAGCUCUGGAGGCUGCUGAACGAAAGCGACAAGCGCCCCUUUAUCGAAGAGGCGGAGCGGCUGAGGAUGCAGCACAAGAAAGACCACCCCGACUACAAGUACCAGCCCCGCCGGCGGAAAAACGGCAAGGCCACGCAGGGAGAGGGCGAAGGCCAGGUGGAGGCGGAGGCUGGCGGGGCUGCUGCUAUCCAGGCCCACUACAAGAACGCCCACCUGGACCACAGGCAUCCCGGAGAAGGGUCGCCCAUGUCCGACGGGCACCCAGAACACUCCUCAGGUCAGAGCCACGGCCCCCCCACGCCUCCCACCACCCCUAAGACCGAGCUGCAGGCAGGCAAAGCCGACUCCAAACGGGAAGGGCGCUCCCUGGGGGAAGGGGGAAAGCCCCACAUCGACUUCGGCAACGUGGACAUCGGGGAGAUCAGCCACGAGGUGAUGUCCAACAUGGAGACCUUUGACGUCAAUGAGUUUGACCAAUACCUGCCGCCCAACGGACACGCUGGCCACCCAGGCCAUGUCGGGGGCUACGCGGCAGCCGCGGCUGCUGGCUACGGCCUCGGGAGCGCCCUGGCUGCGGCCAGCGGACACUCGGCCUGGAUCUCCAAGCAGCAUGGGGUCUCCUUGUCCGCCGCCACGUCACCGGUGGUGGACUCCAAGGCCCAGGUGAAAACGGAGGGGUCCGCCCCCGGAGGUCAUUACACCGACCAGCCCUCCACCUCCCAGAUAGCUUACACAUCCCUGAGCCUGCCCCACUACGGUUCGGCCUUCCCUUCCAUCUCCAGGCCCCAGUUUGACUACCCUGACCACCAGCCCUCGGGACCCUACUACAGCCACUCCAGCCAAGCCUCUGGCCUCUACUCUGCCUUCUCCUACAUGGGACCUUCCCAACGUCCCCUUUACACCGCCAUCUCUGACCCCGCACCCUCCGUGCCACAGUCCCACAGCCCCACACAUUGGGAACAGCCUGUCUAUACGACUCUCUCCAGACCGUAGGGAAUGGGGAACAGUGACCGAAGCAGCGACGGAAAGGCUCCGAAGAAUCAGCACAGGCAGAAGAGCCUCCGAACUCCGAGGUCACUCAGUGCCACCAUCCAGCCACCAAAACCCACUGAGUAUCUGGAAGUGCCUUUCUUGACCCCGGCUAUCGCUGGCUCACCCGCCUCGAGGAAGGUUUUUCGUCCUUUCGCCCUUUACCGAUUUCACGCAGGCCACGCCACUGGCCUGCAACACCGUAUUGGCCUUCUAGAUGAGGAGGAUUCAAGACAUGGAGUGACUGGUCCGUGGUGGGCUUCGUUGUGUGCACCCUGGACUUAAGAGAAGAGAGACUCUCCUUUCCUUCCCCUCCCCAGACUCCUCCAGUGAGUUAGCAAGUGCUUCCAAAAGACCACAACGGCCGACUCGUUGUCACCUGCUGUGGGUGAAGGGUGGCUGCUCAGCCGUGGUGAACAUGUUGUGGGAGGAGGAGCGGGGAGGACGGCACUGCCGGCUUCCUUGCGAUCAGUGUUGUGCAGCAGUCCUGCCUAAGAUUCACACAUGCAUGAAUCUCGAUCCCCGUUUGAAGACCAACUUAUGCUUGCUUCCCCGCUGAUUUCCACGACCGCACCCUAGCUUUUCUCCUCGCCUCUUCUCUCCGUCCUGCCUCUGUUUAAUCCCACGCUCCUUCCUGCAUGGAUUUUUUUGUAAGGCUUGAUUGAACAAUGCGUAGGACUCAGGAACUGCAUUGUCACUCUUAGCCUUUCCCAUAUCAUAGCCUGUGUGUGCACGUGUGUUCGUGUAUGGGGAUGAAGGAGAGGUGGGGCAGGACCUGUGGAUCAUUAAGGUGCUGUGAGUGAAUCCUCCUUUCUUACAAUUACUUUAUAUCGUUCACUUGUGUCUGGUAUUUCUGGCAUCUCAGUCCUUUCUAAUCUCUUCAGCAUCCCGAACAACCUCUGAGCAAACCUGAUCCUUGCUCUUCCAGUGCCUGACCAUGCCUCCCUGGAAGUGGAGGCACCAGGAAAGUUACUGCGCACUUGCCACCACCCAGAGGCAAUUGCAAUGCUCACUUUGAACCCCUGCUCCAAACUCAGGCUGAAGGGGUGUGCAUCCCUGCUCGUUUGUUCAUCGCACAUUGCAAUCCGUCAACACCGCCCUCCUACCUUCACCGAGGAUGGAAAGAUGAACCUGUGGCUUUAAACAAGGUAGACACGCACCCAGUCUAGGAUGAGUAUACAGAAAACAAGCCUGGUUAGGUGCAGAACUCAUUUUUGCCUCUGGGAUUCAAACUGGAAGCAAGCAACUCUUGCAGUCAGAUCAACCCUCUUUUUUAAGCCCAACGCCUGAGGACAGUCUGCUGACUUCUCCUUUGACACCUCCAGGACUGGGGUGGUUUGCCAUGCCAGGGAGUGAAUUGGCACAGAAGUUGCUGCAGGAAAAAAAAAUAUGACUCCUGGCAACUGAUCACAGAGAAGGGACCUUCCAAUGGAUAAUGCAGUCUAGAAAGAUAAAAUACUUUGACCAAGCUUGGACUGUGAUCCGUGCCGCUGUUUCCCUCUGCUGUUAUGACUGUCGGAUGCCCUUCCUGCCUCCCUUAGCUAUGGAUGCCUUCUCCUCGUGGUGUCUGAAAAGAUCAUGUAGAAUGUUUGCUCCCUGUACGCAUGUAACCUGUUCAAGCCCUGUCCCCUUAUUUAUGCAAGUAGCACCUUCCUCCCCCAGCUCCCUCUCCCCAGUCUCUAUGCUGUCCUAGCACCAUUAACUCUGCAUUAAACAUAUGGAAUAAUAAACUUAAAAGUUUCAUUUUAA